GCGGAGAAGAAGCUAUAUAUACCGGUGUGUGCUUGCGAGCUAAAGCAAGAAGCUGCAAACUGAAGCGGCGAAACGUCGGCAGCGACGACGACGACGAUGAGGUUUGUGCAGGCAGCUGCCUUCGCAGCGGCGCUGGUGCUCGCCGUGGCGGCGAGCGGCGCGGCGGCGCAGGGGGUGGGGUCGAUCAUCACGCAGGAGGUGUACGACAGCAUGCUGCCCAACCGCGACAACUCGCUCUGCCCGGCGAGUGGGUUCUACACGUACGACGCCUUCAUCGCCGCCGCCGACUCGUUCCCGGCGUUCGGCACCUCCGGCGGCAGCGACGAGCUCAACAAGCGCGAGCUCGCCGCCUUCUUCGGCCAGACCUCCCACGAGACCACCGGUGGCACGAAGGGGAGCUCGGAUCAGUUCCAGUGGGGUUACUGCUUCAAGGAGGAGAUAAACAAGGCCACGUCUCCACCCUACUAUGGACGUGGCCCAAUUCAAUUGACAGGGCAGUCGAACUACCAGGCAGCCGGGGACUUCCUGGGGCUAGACCUGGUGGGCAACCCGGACCUGGUGUCCACCGACGCGGUGGUCUCCUUCAAGACGGCCCUCUGGUUCUGGACGACGGCGCAGGGGAACAAGCCGUCGUGCCACGACGUCAUCCUCGGCCAGUGGACGCCGUCGCCGGACGACGACGCCGCCGGCCGCGUCCCGGGCUACGGCGUCAUCACCAACAUCAUCAACGGCGGCAUCGAGUGCGGCGUCGGCCCCAACGACGCCAACGUCGACCGCAUCGGCUACUACCAGCGCUACUGCGACAUGCUCGCCGUCGGCUACGGCGACAACCUCGACUGCUACAACCAGCGCAACUUCGGCAGCUGAUUGAUUUCAUCUCAUAUAUAUGAUCAGUGAUUACUACCAAUAAAAGCUUAAUUUGCGUAUGUAUCCCAACAUGAAUAAAAUGUCUUUGAUUAUUAGCAGA